GAGUUGAGGAUUUUAGUGAUCAGUUCUGCUUGCGUCUGCGACUGAACUGCACACAGAGAGAGAAGUUCCCACACAGCCAGAGAGAGAGAGAGUUAUUCAGAGAGACAGAGAGAGAGAGACAGAGACAGAGAGAAAGAGAGACAGAGAGAGAGUUAUUCAGAGAGACAGAGAGAGAGAGACAGAGACAGAGAGAAAGAGAGACAGAGAGAGAGUUAUUCAGAGAGACAGAGAGAGAGAGACAGAGACAGAGAGAAAGAGAGACAGAGAGAGAGUUAUUCAGAGAGACAGAGAGAGAGAGACAGAGAGAAAGAGAGACAGAGAGAGAGACCGAGAAAUCAGAAGGAGUCAUGGUGAAAGACCAGUACACUAGAGACCUGGAGAAGCUGAUCAUGGAGCAGAGAGACAUAACGUCCAGAGUGCUCAACCAGUGGACAAUCGAGAAGGCUGAAUGGGACGCGGAGAAAAAGAAAAUGAAGCAGGAGAUCGAACAGCUGAAGAAGGAAGGAGAGAGGCUGAGCCUGAAAAAGAAGAAAGAGGAAGAGCAGAUGCCCUCUGAAAAAGUGGGAGAUGAGAAGGAUCUCCUAAAAAUGAAACAGGUGCAACAAGCAAUGGAACAAAGAGAUCGAAUCCUGCAGGCCUGGACUGUGGCAAGCAAGGAAUGGGAGGAGGAGAAAAAGAAGAUGAAGGUGGAAAUCGAUCAGCUGAAGAAGGAAGGAGAGAAGCUGAUAACGAUGAAGAAGAAAGACAAAGAGCAGACGAAAGAGAAGAAGGAUCUCCUAAAAAUCACAGUAGUCCAGAAAGCAAUGGUUCUGCUUCAGAAAACAGAGAAUGAAAAAAGGGACAGAAUCCUGCAGGCCUGGACUGAAGCAAGUGAUGAAUGGAAGGAGAAAGAAAAGAAGAUGAAGCUGGAAAUUGAACAGCUGAAGGAAGAAGGAGAGAGGCUGAGAGCGAUGAAGCAGAAAGACGAAGAGCAGACGGAAGAGGUGAAGAAAGAUCUCCUAGAAAUGAGAGUGGUCCAGAAAGCAGUGGAUCUGAUUCAGAAAACAGAGACUGAAAAAAGAGACAGAAUCCUGCAGGCCUGGACUGAAGCAAGUGAUGAAUGGAAGGAAAAGAUGGAGACGGUGAUGAAAGAAAGAGAGAAGGAGAAGAAGGAGAUGGAAAAGAGGAGGGAAGAGAGGAAGAAAAAGAAGGAGAUGGAAAAGAUGAGGAACGAGAGAGAAGCCAGGGUGAUGAAGGAGGAAAAGAAGAAGAAAGAACAGAAAGAGAAGGAGGAGAGAGAGAUGGAGGAGAUGGUGCAGAAAAUGGAAGCACUAACCCUUUGUGAGAACUACAGCUGGCAAAAGCCUUCCCUCAAGAUGAGGAGAAGAAAAAUAGUUCCAUUUAUUCAUCCUUUCUGAUUCCCUGUUUCCUUUGAUCCCUUUUUCAAUAAAGCAUUUUUUAUUGAUACUGAAUAAAGCAUGCUCUAUUGGUUUUUUUUU